UGGAUAACAUGUUCACCUUAAAUACCAAUACACGUGUUGAUAUUUGAAGUGUAAUUUCUUUAGUUACAGAUAUACAUUUAAAAACGGCUUUAUCUAUAAAAGCUGAUGUUUAAGUUGUAUUGAUUUGGAGUUUUGCGUUAUAAUAUUUUGCUAACCGUGUUUUAAAAGGCUAGCAGCUGAAGAUAUUAACCGAGAAGUUUGCCUACUGUUCCUCUCUUUCUACAUUAGAACAAUGUCACUGUUCCUUAUUAAUAGAUACCUUGGAGAUGAGGAAGAUGACUCUAACAGUGAUUCUCGAGCGAAAGUUUUGUUGGCUAAGCUUCAGAGGAAAGUCAAAGAGCAACAAAGCUUGGCAUGCCAAGGUGAACACCAGUCAAAAAUAACAUUUCAGAGUGAUAGCAACACCUCUGUGAAGAAGAAAAGAAAAAACAGGGUAGACAACCUUGAAGAGACAGGGCAUGCAAAGAAGAGGAAAAAACAAGUCAACCAGGUUAAGUGCCUACCUGACCCUGAAGAACGUUCAAACGGUGAUAAUAUAGGAAAAAACUCAGAUAAGACACAACUGACAGAGGAAAAAGUAGGGAUAAAGCAGACGACUGUAUACACAAAUAAAACAAACCUGCAAGAACCUGCUGAAAACACUGAGCAGCUUGAAAAACAUUGUACAGUUGUAAAAGAAAUUCAGUGUGACCAAGCAGAACAAGACACAGAAAAAAAAAACUUGCACACUGGUUUCACCAUUCUUGGAGGAUUUGAAAGAAAGAUCAUUCAAAAGGUACAAAGAAUCCUGCCACAGUGGCUUGCUGAGCCAGAUGUGAUCCAGAGAGAUAUUACAAGUAACCUAGUCCCUAUCAGUAGUGUCCCAGCAAUUUGUACUAAACUGCAACAUAAACUGGAGAGCAAUGGAAUUCAUCACCUUUUUCCAGUACAAGCUGAGGUCAUCCCAGCCAUUUUAGAGAGUGUAUCCCAUGGUAUAUUGAUGGGAAGAGGGGGCUACAAACCCAGAGACAUCUGUGUGUCUGCACCAACAGGGAGUGGCAAGACUCUGGCAUUCGUCAUACCUAUUAUUCAGGCACUGCUGGAGCGAGUUGUAUGUAAUGUCCGGGUUUUGGCAGUGUUGCCCACCAAAGAGCUUGCACAGCAGGUUUGCAAAGUAUUCAGUUUGUAUGCUGAAGGCACCAGUUUAAAAGUUGUCAUGGUCGCAGGUCAAAAGUCCUUUGCAGCAGAACGGGCAUCGCUCUCUGAAAAUAGAAAUGGAGUAAGCCACAGUUUGGCUGACAUUGUUGUUGCAACCCCUGGUAGACUGGUUGAUCACAUAAACAAGAACAAUGAUUUCAGUUUGGAACACCUCAGAUUCCUUAUCAUUGAUGAGGCAGACCGGAUGAUUGACAGCAUGCACCAGUCCUGGCUAAGUCAGGUGACCAAGGCAGUUUACAGACACAGGAGUGAUUCUGAAAGAGUAUCAGUCUUCAAGAGGACUGAGCCUGCACAUUCCACAGCAUCAAGCUUAUCACCACCUCAGAUGCCUCUGCAGAAACUAUUGUUCUCAGCCACACUGACUCAGAAUCCAGAGAAGUUGCAACAGCUAGGCCUGGAUCAACCCAGACUCUUCAGUUCUGUCCACAGUCUGACGAAGACCAACCCAGAGUCUCAAGAGAGGUUCAACUUCCCUCAGGGUCUGACAGAGUACUACGUACCCUGCACUUUGAGCAAGAAGCCCCUCCUUAUCCUCCAUUUCAUACUACGCUUGAAGUUGAGUCCCAUUCUAUGCUUCACCAAUUCCAGAGAAGCUGCUCACAGACUUUACCUCCUAGUGCAGCUUUUUGGAAGUGUGCAAACAGCUGAGUUUUCUUCUAGACUCUCACCCAAUGAGAGGAAGAAGACCCUCAAGGAGUUUGAACAAGGAAAGAUCCAACUUUUGAUCAGCACUGAUGCUGCUGCCAGAGGCAUUGAUAUUAACGGAGUGAAAUGUGUUGUGAACUACGAUGCACCACAAUUCAUCAGGACAUACAUUCACAGGGUUGGAAGGACUGCAAGAGCUGGAAAAGCUGGAAUGGCAUUCACAUUUUUGUUGGGAGUACAGGAAAAGAACUUUCUUCAAAUGGUGCAAGAUGCAGGCAGCCCUGGGAUUCAGAAACAGAUUAUCAAGCCUGGCAGCCUGAAGAGCAUGGAAUCUCGCUAUCAGCAGACACUUCUGGAGUUAGGGAACACCAUAAAGAGUGAAAAGGCUAAGAAGCACAUCUAACACAGUGAAUUAAAUGAAUGUAUUGUAAAGAUAUUAUUUUACUAUCUUCACAAACUAAGCCAGCAGUCAACACAAGACUUGGUUUGAGGUAUCAAGACCUUUACAUUAAAAAGUGUGUGCGUGCAUACAAUAAAUAAAUUGAGUAAUGGUCCUACUGUA